AUGCAUGGUAAGUUUUUUUUUUCUUUAUUAAAAAUAUUUUUCUUUUUUAAUGCUGCUAAUUUAAGUCAAGGAAAUUUAAUUAUUUCAAAUGAAAAAAAUGAAAUAAAUUAUAUUUCAAUAAAUAAAAAUAAUAUAAAUGAUUACAUUAAUGUCAAGGAAAACAGUUUUUUAUUUAAUAUAUCAUGUAGAACUUCAAGUGUCUUAAAUAACAUUAAGGGUUAUUUUUUGAAUAAAAUAUAUCCAUCUUGGGAUUUAUUAGAAGUAUUUAGAUAUGAAAAUGUUAAUUCUAAUGAUGUAGAGAAGAUGGAAAAAAUAAUUGAAAAGACAUGGGAUAGAGAAAAUAAAGAAUUUCUUUUAUCAACUAAAAAGUUAAUAGAGAAGUAUGAAGACGAUGAUUUAUUUAUUUUACAGAUAGGUUUAAAUAGUAUUUCAUCCUUAAUUCUUAACAAACCUGAAAAUGUAAUAUUUAUAGAAGAAAAUAUGGAUAUAUGCAAAAAAUACUUUCUUUAUAAACAUAAUAGAUGUUUAUUGCUUUCAAAAGGAAUAGAAUUUUAUUGUAAAGAUAAAGAUGAUUCUUCUAGAAAUAAUGAUAUAUAUGAAACAUUAGAUUUAAUUACAAAGAUAUAUCAAAGUAAAAAUAAUAAAGUAAUAAAUAUUAUUAUUAUAAAUCAUAAAUAUCCAGUUGCUUUACUUUAUUAUUUAUUUCCAUAUUUAGAUUCAUCAACACUAAUUAUUUUAAUGGAUAACUUAAAUCAUAAAAUGAAAACAGCCAUUUUUGAGUUAUAUAAUUUUAUUGGAGAAGCUGAAUUCACAAAAAGCUUCGAAAAACAAUAUUUUAAUAAAUAUAAUAUGAAAAACGAAAAAGGAAAAAAGAAUGAGGCAAAAGAAUAUCAAUUAGAUGAAGACAUAUAUAUUUAUAAUAAAAUGAAGCAAUCUCCAUUUUACAUUAUUACAUUAAACCCUAAAAUAAUGCUUAAUCCACCAGAAAACUAUUAUGAAACUUUUAUUUCUAACGAUUAUACUUCAUCAUAUGAAACAGAAAUAACUCGUUUAAUAAAUGACAUAGAAAAAGUUUUGAAAUCAAAUGAAAAAUUUUAUAAUAAACAUAAAAUAGAAGUUUCUAAUUACUUUACUAUUAUAAAUGAAUUUGAGUUUGAUGAUGAUAACUAUCAAUUAAGAAAUAAAUUAACAGAUAUAUUAAUAUCAAUAACUACAAAAUUUGCAAAUACUGGUGGUAUAAAUGAAGAAAAUUAUCAGUUUGCUUUACUUAAUUUAAAAAAAAUAUUUGAAAUUAUGCUAUUUUACGUUUAUGAAAAUUCAAAAUUCAAAGCUUUUUUUACACCAUUAAUUGAUUUUUUCAACUUAUAUUUAAAUAAAAAUGAUCCUAACUAUAUUAUAUAUCAGCAUCUUAUUUAUGGAUUAAUUAAAAAUUCAUUUGAAGUGACAUCAUAUGAAUUAAAAGAAUUGUUAUUUCUAGAUAUAUUACGAGAUGUAUCAAAAAAAAUUAGUAAACUAUCAAUUAAUGAAGUAAUUGAAUUAGUUACUAAGCUAAAUAUGAUUCUUAAAAAACUUAGAUCAAGAGAAGAUAUUCAACAUGUUAUGGAAUAUGCUAAAAAAUAUUUUAACAUAGAUUAUGUUAAUUAUGAAUUGUAA